AUGACGGUACCGUUUGUUGAGGUGUCGCACCUGGCAUCAUCCUCGUCUUUCUACUCGGCCACAUUACAAAUACUUGGCCUGCGAUACUUGAACGAAUCUCGCGAUCCAAGUUCAUCCAUCGGAACAGUCACUUACGGACUUACAGCUGGUGUCACCAAGACUGGAGGCAAGCAUCGCCAAGCUUUGACCGACGGGCGAGGAGAGGAAAUAAAAGGACCUCAGCCAGUGCUUCAGAUCCGUGAGGUGUCCCGCCCUUUCGACCCUGUCAGGAUUUCCACGGUUGUCAUUGCGGUACCAGCCCCAGGACAGAUCGUUGACUUUUACGAGGCCGCCCUCACCGCGAAUCCGUGGCUGGCCGUUCAGGCCGAUAGUGACCCAACUUAUUCCGGCAGUCCUCGUCUGGGCAUUGAUGGCGGUGAACCCCCAAGGCGAGCAACAGUACGUGACCUUGACGGCAACACUAUUCAGGUCGUCUACCGCCAGCCUACAUGUCCUCGAGACUAUUAUGGCCGAGUAAUCGAAUGGACCUACGACGGUGCCUCUCAUUCGACUUAUAAAACUACCAUUCACACGACUCGUAAAAUACACACCAGGAACCGCUCCUUGUCACAGCCACAGCUACAGCCUGUCGCUUCCGCUCGUUCGUCCUCCUCUUCUAUUGAUGGGCUUCCACCCUUUCAGCCCCGUCAGUCUUCCGCCAAACACGGUCCUAACACCGUCACAGCUGCCGAGAUGGCCCAACGCGCCGCCGCUCAUCCCGAGAAGGAAGACGAACCAGUAUCCGUUUCGCCUCGACAGAGCUCCAACAAUAACGGCCUCAGUACCACUACGGUCGUGGGCGCCAUUCUAGGAGUCGCCGCUGCUGGUGCAGCUCUUACAUACGGUUUUGCGAGUCACGCGGCUAAGGAACGAGAACGAAAACCAAGACAGGAAUACGAAGGCCAAGCCCCCCAGCUCCCCCGACGUUCGACAUUCCCCGAGAAAGCCCCACCAGUUCAUAAACUGCACCAGGAAGAGCGCCGAACCGUAUACGGCGACUAUCCUCCCAAUGCCUCGCAAUAUCCUCCCAAAGCACUACCCUACCGAGGCCAUGGUGGCUUCCCGACCCCAGACGUAUACCCAGAAGGCUAUCCAUUCCAACAGAACAUGCAGAACGACUACGCACCCCGCAAAAUGUCUCACCACAACUCGUACCCACCAAAGAACCUCGGGUAUACAGAGGAAGAUAGCAGUGAAGACUCUCCGGACGAGCCACCGCCCCGCCAAAUACAGUAUCUUACUCAGGUUCCCUACAACGAAGAGAAUCCAUGGGCCUCUAACACCCGGGCCAGGAGCAGGAGCAGAACACGAAGUGUGGCCAAGAGUACGGCAAGAAGUGUUGCUGCAAAUAGUGCUGCCCCAAGCACAAGGACUGUUACGAAGAGCACUGCAAGGAGUGUCGCUCCUUCUCGAGCUCGGUCGCCAAGCCAGGCGCCUGAUGAAGGGUAUGAGACAACACGAAGUCGGCGCCCGUCAAGACAACCAGAAGACACUUACGAAUUUGACGAAACACGUAGCCGCCAUACUUCGAGAGUCCGUGACGACGGGUUUGAGCCACGCAGCGGCCGCUCAUCAAGGCCCCCACCCAGCGACGUCUAUGACAGGCGCAGCCGCAGAUCAUCACGACCACCACCGGAAGAUGGUUUCGAAAGAAGUCGCCGAUCAUCAAGGCCCCCUGUGACCGAGAAGCCAAGAAGUAUGCGUGCGCGUAGCGAAGUAGGUGCUGGUCGUAGCAAGUCUGUCGUGUUGGCCGACGAUCUUCAGAGCGAAGUGCCGUUUAGCCGCAAAUACGACGACCGCCAAAGCCACGCAGGUUCACGCCCGCCAAAGUCAUCGCGAUCGGUUGUCCGUGGUAAUAGGCCUACAUACGACGAUGAGCGAACGUACGUUUCUACCCGAUCGCGUCCGUCGUCACGAGCUCCUCGUCGUUCCUCGCGUACCGAGGUGGAUGAUGAUAUCAUGGAAGCACCAGAGGUGCCCGAAGUUCCUGAUGCUCCUGAGAUUCCUCUGGAUCCAAACAUCUAUGAGGUCCCUGACGACAUGAUGCCAAGAGGUCAAGGCAGAAGUCGAUAUAAUAUGCCCCGGAUGGCUAGUGGGCCUGAGUACCAGCAUAUGGGCUUCCCAGGCAAGGCCCAGAGCUACGUCUCUGCAAGGGAUGUCUGUUUACCGAUGAGCGGCGUUGGCAGCAGUCACGCUGAGUGGGAUGACGAUAUGGUCAGUGUUGCUCCUAGCGACAGUAUCAGCUGUGUCGGUAUGAAACCAAGCAGACGAAGCCGCAAGAUACGAUAA